GAAAGAAAAUGUCGAAUACUCAAAUUCUUCAAAACCCAUUAGCUUCAAUCGAUCAACCAACACCUUCUUCAAAAGAUUCAAUCUCACCUGAAUUAGAAAGAGAGUUAAGGUUAUAUGGCGGUCUUUUGAUUCAACAGGCUGGAAUCCUACUCAAACUUCCACAAAUCGUGAUGGCCACAGCUGCUACCCUUUUCCAACGAUUUUACUUUGUCACUUCAUUCAAUCAUUUUGGAAUUCGAGAUGUAUCAGCUGGAGCUCUAUUUCUAGCAGCAAAACUAGAAGAGAAACCGGCACGAGUACGAGAUAUCAUAAAUGUUUAUGAUUAUCUAUUACAAUUGAUUUCGUGGUCAAGAUCAAGAUUUCGAACCCAAUCUGGUCUAAAACAAGAUACGAUGACAUCCCUCAAUGAUCUAGCAAAAGAAGCAGAAGAAAGAAUUGCACUUAACCCACUUCUUCCAGAUGAAAUUAAAGCUAGUAUGACCCGACAUCUUAAAUUAAAACAAACUUUGAAUUGUGAGGGUUCUAAUACUGAAACUGUUAUGGAAGAAGAAGGAUUUAUGAACCUAGAAGAACGUCAAAAGAUUAAACUUGAUUUAUCUCAGUUUGAAUAUGAACCUAUGGAUUAUUUUGCUUCUCGUUUUUAUGAUAGGAAAGAAGAGAUUGUGGUAGCAGAGAUGCAGAUUUUGAAACGACUAGGAUUUCACGUUCAAGUUCAACAUCCAUAUUCGGCAAUGGUCAACUACCUCAAAGUCCUCAAUCUGACUGAGAACUCAAAAGUUUCUCAGCGUGCUUGGAGUUAUCUCAAUGACUCUCUACUAACACCUUUACCAGCACUCUACCCACCAACACAUCUCGCCACACUCUCAAUUCACCUUGCCAUUGAAGACAACCAAGUCAUCUUACCCGAUCGUUGGUGGGAACUCUUUGAUAUCUCUGAUCAAUCAGAAUUAGAUCAAAUGGCUGAAUUACUCAAGUCGAUUUAUCCAUUAGAAGGUGGUGAUCCGAUUUGGUUUAGAGUUGGUGGACUUCCGGUUACUAAAGAUGCUAUGCGUCAAUUUCUACUUGAUCAACAAGCCAAGAAACCGAUUUGAAAGAUCUUUAAGUCAGAAUGUUAUGGUGAUCGUUACGAGUUGUAUGGAAUAAGUUUAUACAUCUCAACACAUGAGCUUACGUAAGAAUACCAUCGUCUGAUGAAUGCUGUCUUGGAAGU